CUUCUCCGAGUGCCUGAUGUGGUGGAGUUCAGCUGUGUGGGAGGAGAGGAGUGAGUGAGUGUGUGAGCGCUCCGGAGAACAUCACAGACCACCUCAGACCGCCGAGAGAGAGAGAGAGAGAGAGAGAACGAAGAGAAAGAGGAAUAAUGUUUACGCAAGCGUGGAGGAUUUUGUGGAUUUUACUCUUCUUCGGGCCAAGUGGAGUCAUCAGGCUUGUGUUUGGCAGGGAGAUGAAGUCUCCUAGCAGUAAGGCGAAGCCCAUGUCCCCCUCUGACUUCUUGGACAAGCUGAUGGGAAAAACAUCAGGCUAUGACGCUCGCAUCAGGCCCAAUUUUAAAGGGCCUCCUGUCAACGUCACCUGCAACAUCUUCAUCAACAGCUUCGGCUCCGUCACAGAGACGACUAUGGAUUACCGUUUGAACGUGUUUCUACGGCAGCAGUGGAAUGACCCCCGGCUGGCCUAUAAAGAGUAUCCAGACGACUCUCUGGAUCUGGACCCCUCGAUGCUUGACUCCAUCUGGAAGCCCGACCUGUUCUUUGCCAACGAGAAGGGUGCCAACUUCCAUGAGGUCACCACUGACAACAAGCUGCUGAGAAUCUUCCAGAAUGGAAACGUGCUCUACAGCAUCAGGCUCACUUUGAUUCUGUCCUGUGCGAUGGAUCUGAAGAAUUUCCCCAUGGACAUUCAGACGUGCACCAUGCAGCUUGAGAGCUUUGGUUACACUAUGAAUGAUCUGAUAUUUCAGUGGUUGGAUAAUGGCCCUGUGCAGGUUGCUGAUGAUCUAAUGCUGCCUCAGUUUGUGCUCAAAGAGGAGAAAGAUCUGGGAUACUGCACUAAACAUUACAACACUGGUAAGUUCACCUGUAUUGAGGUAAAGUUCCACCUGGAGAGGCAGAUGGGUUAUUAUCUGAUCCAGAUGUACAUCCCCAGCCUGCUGACCGUCAUCCUGUCCUGGGUCUCCUUCUGGAUCAACAUGGAUGCUGCACCAGCCCGAGUGGGGCUGGGUAUCACCACCGUACUGACCAUGGCCACUCAGAGCUCGGGCUCUAGAGCUUCACUGCCCAAGGUGUCGUAUGUGAAAGCCAUCGAUAUCUGGAUGGCGGUGUGUUUGCUGUUUGUUUUUGCUGCAUUGUUGGAAUAUGCCGCCGUAAACUUCGUCUCUCGGCAACACAAAGAGUUCUUCAGAUUGAGGAGGAGACUACGUGAGGAACAGCGGCAGCGAGCUGCUUCAGGUCAGCUCGGGGCAGCCGAGGCGAAAGGCAAGAACAACGAUGUUACAGGCAACACAACGUCCUGCAGGAACACUCAACGCCAAUGCAGCGCCUGUGCACGGGAGGAGCAGCUAGCUCAGCAGAAUCAGGAUCUCUUCUUUCCCGGAUACGGUCUGGACACCUUCCUCUCCGGAGACGGACCGCUCUCUGAGACGGCCGCCAUAUUUGCUGCUUUGCCUCCCGGCCACGCCCUCUUCGAGAUCCGCCGGCGUUUCAUCGACCGCGCCAAACGCAUCGACACCAUCUCCCGCGCCCUCUUCCCCCUCAGCUUCCUCAUCUUCAACGUCUUCUACUGGCUCACAUACAAAGUGCUUCGCCACGAGGACCCCCACGCUGUCCUGUGAGUGAGGGCUGCUGACCAGAGGACAGGACAUCAUAAACAAGCCCCUUUCGCACUUCACAACUUGACAUGCCAUCGAUGCUUAGAGCUCCUCAAGUUCUGAGGACGGAAUACUUAGGGGACACCAGGAUGGUCAGAGGAACGUAGGUGUUUAACCAUUUAAAGGGGCCAUCAGGAGAAGAAUCCUUCGAUGACCUGAAGUGUUUUCAAAACACACCGUUCACUCCUCAGUAGAUACAGUCCAUAUGCAGAAGCUAAGCUGUGACCCACUGGUAGUUCAGCCACAACCAUGAAAACACUGAGCACUUUUACAUGCACUUAAUAAUCCGAUGACUGCAGAAAUCUGAUUUUUAAAUCCAGUCAACUUGUUUACAUGCACUUGAGUAAUCAGAUAAUGGGGAAACUACAUGAGUUAGACAGUAAUCAGAUUUCUGCUUUACCACCAGCCAGUAAACUCACAGAUGUUAGGUAAACAUAAUGUAAAACUUCAUGCUGCAACUUUUUUGAAUAUGCAUCAUCUAGAUGGCAACGGAUAUUUAAAUCCUUCAAUACGUUAAGCAUAGAUUUACUGUCCCUCAGCAAUGCUGCUUAUUUUCCAGAGUCGUUUUUCACACAUGUGCAAACUGAGAAAUCCGAAAGAAAUCAGAGUAAGAGUUCACUGAGAGAUCUGAUUAAUGAGAUGAAGUCCAACUCUCUUAAUCAGAUUUCCAGACCGGACUCUGAUUUAAGAAGUUGGAGUAUUGCUCUGAUUAUCUGAUCUGAUUAUUAAGUGCAUGUAAACGCACUCAUUUGCAUAUGAUCAGCUGUUGUAUGUUCCAAAGCAUCCAGACAUCCGUAAGGUUUCUGAUUCCCCUGAAGAUUUCAGUCCAAAGCGUUACAGUUUCUUACACGUCGGCGCUUGGACUGCUUUUUAAAAGCAGCCAGUAAAAACUAAAGCAUAAAGACAGGUUGGAAAAUGACCAGAUAAAACAUGAAUUUGAAAAAAAAAAGUAUUCCUACAUAAAACAUAAAUAUUAGAAGUGGGCAUCCAGGGAAAAAAUUCUACACCUAAUUGUAGAAUAAGACUCUUUUGAAGCAGGAAGAACGCUGAGAGUGCAGGAAUGCACAGACUGUGAAAUGUGAAAGGAGCUUGAACAUCUCAAGGAUUAAACCACUGCACUAGGAGUGCAAGCAGACCGAACUGAACAUUCUGUUUGGCUCCCAUGUAGGAUUCUGUAGCUCCCUUUAUGAAAUCCAUUUCCUUUCAUGAUGUCCUAUCGAUCACUCCCAGGAUUCCUCUGUCAGUCAAGACAUUCUCUGAUGAUGAAACACGGACUUUUCCAUCUUACACUUUAUACGCAAUGAGGUAGAAACUGAUACGAAAGCACCAAAAGGUCAGUGAGUGUGUGAUGCCCAGGACACACCGACCCGACGUCCUCCCACAAGCUGGAUGUGUGUGCUUUACACAGCUGUAACUAUUCAGAAUUCUCCAGAAUCUUCUCCACUUCUCAAGGUUCAGCUUGUUGGUUCAUUUUUUGAACAUUCAGCCGAAAAUUCAGCCCCAGAAUCUUUACUGUACCAUGGCAGUGUAGAACAAAAACGGUCUGCAUUAGGGAGGCUUGUGACGGGCCGACCCACAUUUUUCCAGUUCUGGAAUGAAUGAACGCUGCCAGGUGGUGUCUUCCUCUCUGUUAGCUAGCAUGAAGGUCCAGGAACUCUUGCCAACUUUAUAUUUUAGCUUGUUGUGUUCUUUCGCUCUCUGUUUGACACGAAACCUCUGCAGGUGCUUGAUUAAACUGGUCGUGCUGUACGACGCCGCUGGUCUUCCACCUCUUGACGCAUCGGGCGGCCUUGCUUUUCGGUGUUUUCAGACUAAAAUAUCUCCAAACAAACAACGUUUUAUGUGAAAUUAAAUCUGGGUCUGUGACAUUUCAUGUUAUGUUAUAUUACUUUACAACGGGUUCAUGGUCCAGCGCAAACCAUGGACUGGAAUAUGGAUCGAUGAGUGGAUCGGCCCUGUCCUUCCGAUAACCGACAGUAAAUUACAUCAACAUUAGUCCAAUACUGAUAUGGAUCGGAUCGGUCCGAUCUGAACUACAGACCUUUUUGAUGUUUAAAACAUUUUUUGAACGCUAAAAGGUGAUGUUUUCCACCUUUCCCCUCGAAAAAAGAGGGUGGCAAAAAGUGGUCAGCAGCUACAGGAAUGAAGGUCAUAUAAUGUACAUGUACAGAUGUACAGCCAGCAUUUCAAACCAGAGGACUAUCAGACUAACAAAUUGGACAAGCCAGUGAGCCACCGAGCAAAAACGUAUUCAAACGGUUCACCACUAACUAGAGUUUGCAGUUCAUCAAGUUUUACUACCUUGACCUGAAGGAUGUCUUUUCUCAGAAUUCAAACCACCAAAUCUAACUGGGUGAGUGCUGCAUUACUGCUGUAAGAGGCGGGCAAAAACCUUUACAAAGAGGUGGGCGAUACGGCACAACAAUAUAAUACCGUGAUACUUGAUAUGUCACAAUAUUUACAGACAUCUGAUUAGCUAGA